AUGUCCUUCAGCAAUACUUCCAUCAUUUCGAAUAACCAAGGCGACAUCUCAAAAGAUGUGACUCUCGAUAGCCCACCAGAGGACAGCAUCUCGGAGCUCGCCUGGUCACCUAUAGCCAACCACCUCGCUGUCGCAUCCUGGGACAAAUCUGUCCGCAUCUACGAUGUCUCUCGCUCCGUCAAGGGCGAAGGCAAGGCACUCCUCUCCUUCCCUAGCCCUGUUUUAAGCUGCGCUUGGUCACCAGAUGGCUCUAAAGUCAUUGGUGCUGGAACAGACGGCUCUGCGCGCCUCUUAGAUCUAGGCAGCAACAUCAAUAGCGGCAGCCAGACACAGCAAGUUGCUCAGCACGAUGCUCCCAUAAGGACUGUACGGAUGAUUCAGAUUUCCAGUAGCCAGUCGCCCAUUGCUGUCACAGGGUCAUGGGACCGCAAGAUCAAGUACUGGGAUCUUCGACAGGCAAACCCUAUAGGCACCCUUGUUUGUCCUGAGAGAGUGUAUGCCAUGGAAAUUAGUGGCACCCAACUGCUGGUCGCGAUGGCUGAAUGUAAUAUCGGCCUUGUUGAUCUCAGCCAGCCCACUCUCAUGGCGAAAACUCCACAAAGUCCGUUAAAACACCAGAUUAGGACUGUCUCUUGGAUCCCCGGCGGGUCUGGUUAUGCAGUCGGUAGUAUCGAAGGCCGCUGUGGGGUAAAUUAUGUCGAUGAAUCAAACAAGAGCUUGAAUUUUACAUUUCGAUGCCAUCGCCGCCCCAAGGACAACGACCCCAAGGAUCAGAUGGUCUAUGCAGUUAACGCUGUUUCUUUCCAUCCUCGUUAUCACCAAACGUUUAGCACUGCCGGUUCUGAUGGCACCUUUUGCUUCUGGGACAAGGAUGCCCACCAUCGCCUGAAGGCGUUUCCAGUUGGAGGCGCCAUCAACUCUACGUCUUUCAACCUGGAUGGCAGUAUCUUCGCCUACUCUGUCAGCUAUGAUUGGAGUAAGGGAUAUUCCCACAACACGCGUGAUCAUCCGAAUAAAGUUGUUUUGCACCCAGUGACUGAUGCCGAAUGCAAACCAAAGCAACAAACGAGCCGGAGGUAA